AAAUGAGCCUUGGCAAUAACGAUAACCUGAAACAAGAAAAUACUGGAAACCCUAGAUUUUUCUGAGGUGAGGUGAUCAGCCCUUUGGCCGUGUAGCACUGUAGUCCAAUACGACGUCGUCAAUGGCCCUGGUGAGAGCUCGCGCGGCUUCGUCAACUCUCUGGAAGAGGCUUCUCUUCCCCUCCGUUGCCAACCCUAGUCAUCGCAAUCUCUCCUCUGUUGCAAAGGAAUCGCCUCAUGAUGCUUUCCGCGAGAGCAUGAUGAACCAGAUGUUCAGUCUGGACAUAAAUUCCCAAAUUGGAAGUUGCAUGCCACUUGCAGCAAUGAGAAUUGGAACUAUAAUCCAUAACAUUGAGAUAAACCCGGGUCAAGGUGGAAAACUUGUGCGAGCAGCAGGAACAUCUGCAAAGCUACUGAAAGAGCCAACAUCAAGAUACGUUUUAGUGAGAAUGCCUUCUGGUGUCCAGAAACUGAUCGAUACAAGAUGUCGAGCCACUAUUGGCACUGUUUCAAACCCGGGUCAUGGGGCUAAGAAGCUUAGGAAAGCUGGGCAGAGCCGGUGGUUGGGUAGAAGGCCGGUGGUUCGUGGUGUAGCGAUGAAUCCUGUAGAUCAUCCUCAUGGAGGAGGAGAGGGGCGAAGCAAAAGUGGUGGGAGCCAUGGGAGGGGUUCCUUAACACCAUGGGGCAAGCCAACAAAGUGUGGGUACAAAACUGGACCACUCAAGCGCAGAAAGUAGUGUUUGAAUUUCUUUUUCUUUUUGUUCUGUUCCAAUGUUUCAGAAAACAUCUUUGUCGCAUUUUUUAAGUCUUUGUAAUGGUUGCGGUUCAUGAUAAGGUUUUAUUUCAUUUAUAAUGAAGCCGGUUUAUGAAUUUAGUGGUUUCUAGCUUAUUUGGUUGCUUUACAAUGACUCGAUGCAUUAUCUAAUAACAAUCCAUUGCAUCAAA